AUGUGCAGUCUUGGCAGGGAUCUCUUUUGCAGCGGCAGCUGGGACAGCACCAUCAAGCUAUGGAACUCCCGAACCAAAACUGCGUCCACACCUUCACCGGACACACCAGUGCUGUCACAUCCAUGUGCAGUCUUGGCGGGGAUCUCUUUUGCAGCGGCAGCUGGGACAGCACCAUCAAGCUAUGGAGCUCCCGAACCAAAGACUGCAUCCACACCUUCACCGGACACACCAGUGCUGUCACAUCCAUGUGCAGUCUUGGCGGGGAUCUCUUUUGCAGCGGCAGCUGGGACGAAUCUAUCAAGCUAUGGAGCUCCCGAACCAAAGACUGCAUCCACACCUUCACCGGACACACCAGUGCUGUCACAUCCAUGUGCAGUCUUGGCGGGGAUCUCUUUUGCAGCGGCAUCUUGGCGGGGAUCUCUUUUGCAGCGGCAGCGGAGACGAAUCUAUCAAGCUCUGGAAUUCCUGCACCUGUGGCUGCCUUCACACCUUACCGGACACACCUGUGCCGUCACAUCCAUUUGCACUCUUGGCGUGGAUCUCUUUUGCAGCGCCAGCUUCGACCACACAGUGAAGCGCUGGAAUUCCCGCACCUACGACUGCCCCCGCACCUUGACAGAUUGGGUCAGAUCCCUUUGCAGUUUUGGUGGCGACAAGAUCUGGUUUGCACACCUUCACCGCCCACAAGGAAACAUGCAGUUGUUUGAUGCGUGCGCGGCCACGCAAUCCUGUUUGCAGCGUGAGAGCAAACAAGGGCAGUAAUGUUUCUGGUGUAGCAGACUUUUGGCCAAGUCUAAGCACUUGCAACACGCGGUGUCGAAAAAACACGUCAAAAAGGAGCCUUCCAGUGCAGACAUUUGCGCGCCACA